CUGAUUGUGAACUUACUGGUAUUAUCUAACCAGUAUAAAUAGAAGUGUACUCAGAGAAGGCACAGGAUGGAAAACUCAUGAUGAAUUGUUAGGGCAUGUUGAGUUGGUUCUGUCAAUGCCUGCAGUCAGAUGAUUUCACUGGCUGUACAAGAUAAAAUCUCAUAUUUCAAUGUAUAAGUAAAAGUGUCAAAGUUCAGCUGAAGCAGGGACAAAUACAGAACAAUUUUUGUGUGUAUUUGUAACUAGGACACCAGAGUAAUAGAGGAAGCCAAAAUGAGCCGGAAAAGCAAAAGGAGUUUAAAGGAGAAAUUAGCCUUGAAGAACAGCUUGGUUAAAGAAGCCCUCUCAGAAUUCCUGGGAACUUUUAUAUUGAUAGCACUUGGAUGUGGGUGUGUAGGACAGGCUGUCCUUAGCCGAGGAGCCCAUGGUGGGCCCAUGACAGUAUCAGUUGGAUUUGCAAUGGCAGUCACCAUAGCAGUGUAUGUGUCUGGGGGGGUUUCUGGUGGUCACAUAAACCCAGCCGUUUCAUUAGCCAUGUGCGUGACUGGAAGAUUAAAAUGGACCAAAUUACCAAUUUACAUAUUAGCACAGCUCCUGGGAGCAUUUGUUGGAGCAGCGGCUGUCUUUGGGAUUUAUUAUGAUGCCUUUAUGGAGUAUAGCAAUGGAAACCUUGAAGUCACAGGACCUAACGCAACAGCACAUAUCUUUGCAACAUAUCCAGCUCCGUAUCUGUCCCUCGUAAAUGGAUUUGCAGAUCAGGUGAUGUCAACAGCUGUUCUUCUUCUGGCUAUAUUUGCUAUUUUUGACACCAGAAAUAACAACGUACCAAAGGGCCUGGAGCCAAUUGCUAUAGGACUUCUUAUAAUUGCUCUUACUUGCUCCUUGGGAAUGAACAGUGGCUGUGCCAUGAACCCGGCCAGGGAUCUAGGCCCAAGGCUCUUCACAGCCAUUGCAGGAUGGGGGAUGGAAGUAUUCACGGCUGGAAAUAAUUGGUGGUGGAUCCCUAUAGUUGCACCUAUGCUGGGAGGUGUACUUGGAGCCACGAUCUAUAUUGUUUUUAUUGAAAUUCAUCACUCGGAUACUCAGCCAGAAGAAGAAAAUGAUGUGUAUGAUAAAUAUGAACUGACCAAUAUGGAGUAAGAAGUGAAGAAUUUUCUCUCUCAUUCUGUUGUGCAGUUUUUAUGCAAAUGAUUGUUUGGACCGUUUUAUUAAACCUGUAUGCCUCAACUGGAAAUUCACAUUUCAAAGCAGAAAAAAUCUAUAUAGAAAACAAGUUCAAAACUGACCUCUUUCCAUGAAACAUUGGGCUGAUCACAUUGAAAACUGGGAACUUGGGGGUGGAUAAAUUGUUGUUCUUUUCAUAUGGCUUUCAGAUGAAGUUGUCUCCUAGAUGAAAUUGUAGUGAGAUGAUGCACUGACCUGUUAAUUCAACACGUAUGAUCUUAAUCAUGUUGCCUAAUUAACUGAAAAUAGGUGAGAUAUUGUUACAAAACUGCAUACAUAGGUAGUUAAUUGGUUCAGUGCUGAAUUAACAUCUAAAAGCAUCACUCACUUCUUAUAGCCAUUAUUUAAGAAUGGCUUGUCUGAAAAUUGAAAACAAUACCCAAAUUGCCAAAUGUCAAAUGAAGUAGUUUUAAAUAACUUACUAAAUUUUUAUGGAACUACUAGUUGAACAGCAAGGAAUCAACUCAUCAGCAAUGAGCUUUAGUAACUCAGAAUAUGAUCACAAAAGGUAAAAACCAUGUGUUACAAGAUCAACACUAAAAAGACAAAGCUGUACUUCCACACAGGUUCUUCAUAGUAAUAAUGUUCAGUUAUUUUUAAACUAUUUACUUGACCUUUAUGCUACCCAAUAUUAAAAGUCUAACCUAGAAUAUUAUUCUGAACCUUUUCUGCUGUGCUUUCUGGAUACAAUUCAUUCCUGUGGAGAUGGGCCAGCAACAGAGGCUUAUGCUGUGCAGACAUCAGCACAAGGCCUAUAUCUAUACCGUAAAGCUUUAAAGAGGCCUUCUGCUGCUGAUCUACAUGGGGGGAUUUCAUCCGCUUUGUGGGAGUAAUUUUUAUUUUGGUAACAGUAAUUAAAUUAGAUACUGGUCUCAGACCUAGUCCUAGAUCUGAAUUCCCCAAGGAAGGCCGGCUCUGCAUCAGAGUUCUGAAGCAUGGGUUCUCUAUUACUAAAGAAAAGCAGUUGGACAUAUACCGCUUUCUAAAUAACCAGCCUUGAAAAAUGAAAUUUUUUCUGCUUAAUCAUUGUGAAUUGAAGGUAUCCAAUUAAAUCAAAGUUCAUUUCUAAUAUGUAUACAUAUAUAUGGUUGUUGGUGGUGAUCAUGAAUAAAUAGACAUCCUAUUCAGUGAUGCUCGCUCCUGAGCUAUUUUCAUGGCAAAACUUCAGGGUACCAGUUCAAUGUACUCAUUUUGGGGUGCUCUUCCCUUUGGAUUCCUACAACUCUGCUCCCUAGAAUUCCACACUGUUUUCCAAUUUCACUCUUGAAGGGAGGAACCCUUUGUGUUGCCAGUAGUAGCCUGUGCACUUUGGUGACAUAUCCACACAAGUGGUUUGGGAAAUACUGUGGUCAGAAUCUGCCUUGGCAUUUGGGCAGAUGAGGCCUGUGUUACUGUAUGUCUUUAUCACGCUCCCUGGUAUGCCAUGCCAAAUUCAUGGCAGCAAAAGGAUAGCAUCAGCAGGUCAAGCAAAGCUUUGCUUGCUGCAGCCCUAAGUCAGAUGAUGCUGUAUACUCGAGGGAGCAUAAUUCCAUUUUUAAUUAUGUUUUUGAAGAAAACUUACAGAACUGUAAUGAACUCAGGUUGCCCAGAGACCAUAUCAACCCUGUGCAAAAUGCUCAUUUGAUUCAGCAUUUCUCUGCGUUAAAAACUGAUUUACCCAUCCACAUUUGACUGCACUGUACCAUUAUCUGGAGUGCCACAAUAACAAGAAGCGAGGGUUUACAGAAUCAGUCCUCAAUCUGAGCAGAGGCAGAUACAGGAGAAUCAGGAGUACAAUGUGAUAAUUAUUCCUAACUGUAGACCUUAUACUGGCAGCACAGACAAGCUAGUUCAUCUGUCCUGUGUAUCGAUAAAUUGUGCUACGUAAAACAAGAUGGUGUAUAAAAGCGGUUGCAGACUGAGCCUCCUUUUGCUCCCCCUUGCAAUGAGCACCGUCUCUCGCCCCUUGGUGAUACCUGGCAGGAGCACUCCUAGGUGGCUGCCGACCAUCUGUGUCUGGAGAGGGAUUACAUAGGUAGGAACAGUCAGAGGGCUGCCCUCAGGUCUGAAAGGCACUUACUCUUCCACUGUACAUAAAGUUGUACAUUUUUUCAAAAUCCUUCUGAUCACAACAGGUUCUGCCUGUAAAUCAACAUGAAAUCUUGUUUUGCCUACUUAUGCCAUUCCUAUGCACUGAAUUUCUGUAUAAGUGAUAUUUACUUGUCUGAAGUUAUCAAAAUGCAAAUCAUAAGCAGUGACACUAGCACAAUAGCAUAGCAAUAUCUAAAAUACGCUCUCGAGUUGUCGUCAGUUCUGUGCUUGCUUAAAGAACUUAUUUUUAAACUGUAAUUAAUCAUUGAAUAUAUUUGUAAAUUCUUUGAAGACACAUGGUACUAAUACCACAAUUCAUACCAACUUCACAAAAGCCAUAAUUUCAUUCAGAAGCAAGGUGUUAUAGACCUGUCUCAGAUUUUACAUAAUUUACAUUUAUAAGUAUAAGAAUGAAUUCCUGUUUUAGGGACAAAACUCAGUUGGGUCUUAACUACAGAACCAUGACCAGUAUCUCCAUAAUAUAAUGGGAACAAUAAUAAUCAUCUCAUGUUGUAAGCUUACACAGACAUCAUGAUCUGUUUUGUGCAAAACAAAAAAGUAUUUUUAAUUUGCAUAAACUAUGCAAUUUUCUAAUAUCAACUGAUAUUCAGUGGUUGCACUUGUGUUGAAUUAAUGAUACAGCUGGUGACAAGAAACAGUUUUUUCAGCUGUAAGACAUUCUGGUUAAUGAAUAAUAAUCAGGCUUGAUCAUUUUAAUAUUGAAAAAAAUUCAUUUUCAGAGCAUUGCUCAACUUUCAGUCUGUGUUUGUUCUUUUUCUUUUUUUGGGCAAUGUGUUUGUUCUUUAGAGCUAAACUUAGUACUGAAGUAAUUUGGAGAGUCAUCCUGCAAAUAGUACUGGGUUAAAGGUUGGCUACUGCGUGUUCUUUCAUAGAAGCCAGUGGAAUUAUUCAUAACAGGAGGCAAUACAGGCAAGGAUAAGUGCUCAGAGAAUCGAGCUCAGACUAGUGGAAACUGUACUUUGUUGUAGUUUUGACUGUGGAUCUGCAUGAAUGUGUUGUGGUUCAAAAUAAAUACAGUCAAUCCCUAAUAAAUGCA